UAACAGUAUAAAAAAAAGAAAAGAAAAGAAAAAGAAAACUUACUGCUUUCUCCUUCUCUCUCAACUGUAACAGGUAGCACUUAUUUUUAUUUUUUCAGGACUUCCAUAACCACAAAUAGCUCUACCUGUUUCUUGCUUUUGCUUUCUCUCUGUCUCUCUCCAGCAAUCUCCAUAUCUAUUUUCUGAAGAAGAAUAAGAAGAAAGAGAUAGGAACUUAAACUUUCAGUCUUCUGCCAUGGCUGAUGCAGCCACAAAGCACCUCUCCAUCAAUGGAGGAAGUCUUGUUUCUGACUUAAAGAGUCUUUUUUCUCUUCUUAAAACAAGAAGAACAAGUAUGGCUUUUGCUUAUGGCUUCAUGUUUGCUUUUGUUGCUUUUACUAUUUUCUUAGCUUUUAAUCCUUCCCCAAAUUCCUCGGCUCUUUGGUUCACCAAUAUCUUUACUACUACUACGCCAACGCCUACUGCUCCCUCUGAUUCUUAUGGAUCUCAGUUUUCUUCUAUUUUCUCUAAUUUUUGGCCAAAUGGCACCAACUCAUCUUUUCCUACAAAUAACGCUACCAGAUCUAACACUACAUCGUCUCAACUUCCCACUUCAAAUGAUGAAGUGCAAACCCCACUUACUGUACAAAAACCCGCCGUUUUGCGAACAAAUCAGUCCGUAGAUGCUUCAAUUGUCAAUAAUCAAACUCAAAUUCUUGAGAAUUCAAAUAAAACCGCAAUUUCUACACCAAUAAGCCCAGUUUCAGCCGAGCAGACUGCAAAUUUAACCACAAUCCCAGUUUCAGCCGAGCAGGCUGCAAAUUUAACCACAAGCCCAGUUUCAGUUUCACCGAUGAAAUCUAAUCAGGGUUCAAAUUCAGCCGACAAAUCAGGCUUAGCAUCGCCGGUGCGGGAAAAUCAGGAUGCUAUUCCUGUUUCAGAUUCACCGGAAAAAUCAAAUCAGAGUUCAAAUUCAAACGCCAAAUCAGGCUUAGCAACGCCGGUGCAGGAAAAUCAGAAUGCUAAAUCAUCUACAAACUCCGUCUCUUCGGUUAAAGGAAAGCAAGAGAAGGGAAUUGCAGAGAAGAAUGUGGCUUCUAAUUAUACAUCUUCGUUGUCCAAAAAACAGAAUAAUGGGUCGAAACAAAGCAAUGGAACUAAUUCAGAGCUGUCAGGGAAACAGGGAAUUGAGAGUUUGGUGAAUUGCAAUUUUUUUGAUGGAGAAUGGGUGAAGGAUGAUUCAUAUCCUCUUUAUAAGCCUGGGUCUUGCUCACUGAUCGAUGAGCAGUUUAAUUGUAUAAGUAAUGGUAGACCUGACAAAGACUAUCAGAAAUACAAAUGGAAGCCUAAAGGGUGCACUUUACCAAGGUUAAAUCCUGCUAAGAUGUUGGAUAUGUUGAGAGGAAAGAGACUUGUUUUUGUGGGUGAUUCCUUAAAUAGGAAUAUGUGGGAAUCUCUAGUUUGUAUGCUAAAAGGGUCAGUGAAAGAUCAGAGCAAGGUUUUUGAAGCUAAUGGGAGAGUCCAUUUUAGAGGGGAAGCUUCAUACUCUUUCGUAUUCAAAGAUUAUGACUGCACUAUAGAGUUCUUUGUAUCUCCAUUCUUGGUUCAAGAAUGGGAAAUGCCUGACAAAAAUGGAACAAAGAGGGAAACGCUUCGGCUUGAUUUAGUCGGUAGAUCAUCUGAUCUAUAUAAAAAUGCAGACAUCAUCAUCUUCAACACUGGGCAUUGGUGGACUCAUGACAAAACUUCUAAAGGGAAAGAUUAUUACCAAGAAGGGAGCCAUAUAUACAAUGAAUUAAAUGUUCUAGAGGCAUUUCGGAAAGCUUUGACAACAUGGGCCAGAUGGGUUGAUCACAAUGUAAAUCCAAUGAAAUCUUUGGUCUUCUUCAGAGGAUAUUCUGCUUCUCAUUUCAGCGGUGGGCAAUGGAAUUCUGGCGGUGCAUGCGAUAGUGAGGUUGAGCCGAUAAACAAUGCUACAUAUCUGAGGCAGUAUCCGCCCAAAAUGUUGGUGCUGGAGAGAGUGCUAAGAGGGAUGAAGACCCAUGUCACAUACCUGAAUGUCACACAAAUGACAGAUUACCGGAAGGACGGUCACCCUUCAAUCUAUAGAAAACGUAACAUACCACCAGAGGAAAGAAAAUCACCACUACAUUUCCAAGAUUGCAGCCAUUGGUGUCUUCCCGGCGUGCCGGACACCUGGAAUGAGAUUCUUUAUGCAGAGCUCUUAAUAAGCGAGUACCAAAAGCGGCGAGUGCAGAAGAAACACAGGUAAAUAAUAGAGAGCACAUAAAUUUUACAUGCUGCAAUUGGAAUAUGGAGUUGAAACAGAAAAUUACACGUGUAAUUUUUUUCUUCUUUUCCUUUACCUUAUCAAUUUUGGAUUUACAGAAAAAAAAAAAAAAAAAAAAAAAAAAAAAAAAAAAAU